AUGCCAGCUUCUGCAGACUCUAAGAGUAGCAAUGGCUCACAUGUCGUGACCAGGCCAAAUCCAGAUGUUGUUGGCGUCAACAAAGACGAGCCUGUUACAUCUUCCGCCCAGCUACUGCGCUGUGCGUCUAAAGCUUGGACGAUUGAGGCCUUGGAUGCAAAAUUUGCGCAAACAAACAAGAAGAUUGGACCAGAAUCGCGCCAAGUACUCUACCAGUCUUUUGAAGACAUGGAUAAGAACAACGUGUCUUUGGUACCCUACAGAAAUGGAUUCGUUGAUGGAAUUAUUCGUGCUUUCCAGCAAGACCUCCAUCUCACGCUGCGCCCUGACGAUGUAUGGCUUGCCAUCAUGGUUCAAUUCGGCUUCUACGUCAAUGGUCGUGCUGAAGAAAUGAGGCGAUUCUUCGUUACCCAUGAAGGGAAAAAGCAGCUCGUUGUAGAUACGGGGCUGGUGAGCCCUCAGUGCGUCGACCUCAACACGCUUGCACGAGCAUUUGCCGAUCUGAUAGAAAGGAAUGUAAUCGACCCCAACUUCAAGUCGUGGAUGUUGCCAAACUUUUCAACUACAACCAGUGAGGAUGUAACCACCGCUGCAGUCGUUAUGAUGGCGACUGUGAAGGAAUAUUUUGAAUAUAUCGCAAAGGGUGGGUGCGGAUUUCCAAGUGUUACACUCCUUGGAGAGAGAGCAGAUUGGGUCAAACUUGUCGAGAAAGUUGCAAAAAUCGCUACCUAUGGCGAGGAACUUUCAGUCUGGAGUAGCCUUCUUACCAAAGUGGCGGAGAAAAUGGUCGAAACAUUUGACAAGCCGGACUCGCAGACAACCAAAGAUUUCUGGAUGAGGGCGGUCCAUCACACCGGAAAAGAUGGAUCCGGUACGGUAAAGUCCCUUUCCGGAUGGAUCACCGCCUUUUGCUAUUGGGAUGCCGAGGGUAAGAAGAUUUACCAGCUUCGCGAUGUUGAAGGACCGGCAGCGGAUAAGAAGCGAUUCAUCAUUGACGAUACUGCUUUUCCCAUAAUACGUGCUGCGGAUGUUCCAAUCGCGCUGGCCGAAGUUCCGAUAAUGUUUUUAGACUAUAGAAGUUUCACAUGCUACGAAACCACUGCGAUAGCUGGGUUUGUGGGAGCAAAAUCUAUAGCGGAUGGCCCCGUGGGACUGUUCGACUUUAGCGACCUGCCAAUGCCCGGCGUCGUUGGGCUCAAGGAUUGGGAUGAACUGCCUGGCAUGAAAGUCCACGAGUAUUUGCACGAGUAUGCUCGAAAGUUCCAUCUUCUGGAGCGAUGCAAAUUUGGAUACCGAGUCACGAAUGUUCGCCGAGGAGCACUAGAGAAGGGAUGGAUCGUCGAUGCUCAAAACACCGGUGAUGGUGGGAAGCAAAUUUCGCAGACUUUUGACUGCGAUAAACUAAUUGUUGCCACGGGAAACUUUUCGAAUCCUAAAUUUCCCGACGUGGCGAUGGCCGAGUUCAAGGGCCUGGCCAUACACACCAAAAACAUCGGGCAGCAGUACGAGGCCCUUCUUGGAGCAGACGUUGAGAGUGUUGCAGUGUACGGAGGUGGAAAGUCAGCUAUUGAUGCUGUCAACCUCUGCAUCGAAGCUGGCAAGAAAGUGCAUUGGAUCAUCAGCGACAAAGGCAACGGGCCUAACAUGAUGUUUAGCACUCGACUGAAAUGGGGCUAUCACGUCGGCCAGUUUGUUGGAAGAUGGAAGGACGUGUUUUCUGUCAGCAUCUUCAGCAUCGACACUUUCUUUGGAAGAUUCUUCUACAGCGGCAAGAAUAAGCUGGGGACGUGGCUCAUUGGUAAGUUUUGGUCUUUUGCGACGAAGAAGACGAAAACGGGCGGACUCUAUGCAGACAUGACCGACGAAAACAGGCAAAAGUUGUUGCCUGAGAGUAACAGUGCUUUGUUUUCGGCGGCUGGAGGUGCAGCUUUGCACAGCUGUCCCAAAUUCAUCUCAGAGUUGAGUAAGCCAGACGGUCUCCUUACAGUUCAUCGAACGCGUAUCACGUCUGCUCAAGACCAAAUUCUUCAUCUCUCCAAUGGCAAAACCAUCAGCUGUCAGGCUCUGGUGUUUGGUACGGGAUGGACGAGUGAAGAUGUCCUAUUCGAUCCUGCGCUCGGACUUUCUUUAGGUUUACCUAAGCCUGCGGUGCUCGAAGACGACGUCUCAACAGAAUAUUGGCAAAAGCUCCAUACAAAAGCUGAUUCUGACAUAUUGUCGCUUUUGCCAAUUCUUAAAGAUUCUCCUGGACGCAGGACAGCAGAUGCCCUAACGCCAUACCGUCUAUAUCGAUACAUGCUGCCUUCAUCAUUAGCCGCGGCAGAUGACCACUCCCUCAUCUUUCUAGGAUACUUAAUCAGCAUUCAAACUCACAUCCUCAGCGAAGUCUCUGCUUUAUGGGCAAUCUGCUGGCUUGAGAACCUCGUCGACCUUGGCAUCUCGAAGAACAAGGAAGACAUAGACUAUGAAAUUGCAAAACAUUUCAUUGACUUAUUGAUGAAAGAUAUGGGACUAAAGCCGAAACGAAAGGGUGGUUUAGGAAUCAAAGACACGUUUGUCCCGUACAGAUCUCAGGAUUAUCUAGGUAUUGUGGAUGAGAUCCUGCAAAGGUCAAAGGCGUGA